GCCUGCUUCAGAGGUGAUAGCGGAACAGAGCGGCAGUCACUCCUUCUUCUAGUCCGUAUUCGUAGCCGCUGUGUGGGCUGUCAGUUGGAGCGUCGCUGCUCAGUGCUCGAGUGCGGAGUUGGCCAAGGAAGUACAAGACUCUUGUAACUUUUACAAAGUGGGAAUCUUCAGACACUGCACUUAGUCGCUGGUACUUAUUAAAGCUCUCGGAGCGCCUGUCAUAUUUUUGUAAAGCUCUUUGGCGCAAUACGUGUGAAUCAAGCUGCACCCGAUCUUGCAACCGCCUCCCAACUCUAAACUACUGAGAAUUGUAUGUUUGUUUCCUUAUGUCCCGCAAAUCCAGUGACAAUGAAUACACCCUUCGGAGCCUGAGCAACCUCAUGGGAGAGAAGAGACGGAACGCGAAAGAUGACAGUGGCGAGAGAAGUCUUAUCAAGGCUGCGUCCAGCUCCAGCAUCAACAGUCAGGGUCCCGCACCUCCUGUCGCUUCUACCUGUGAUUUGGAGCGGGCAGCCCGCAAGCAAUUCCAGGAAGAUGUCACACCGGCCUUCGUAUUUGUCUUGGCAGGCUUUUCUGCAUUGGGGGGCUUUCUCUUCGGCUAUGAUACCGGAGUGGUCUCGGGAGCGAUGUUGCUGCUCAAAAAGGAGAUGAAUUUAAGCGCCUUGUGGCAAGAGUUGCUUGUCUCUAGUACAGUGGGUUCGGCAGCACUGUCUGCCUUGGCUGGCGGGGUCUUGAAUGGACUGUUCGGGCGCCGACCCUGCAUCCUCCUGGCGAGCUUUCUGUUCUCCCUUGGUGCUAUAGUGCUUAUGGCUGCACCAAAUAAAGAGGUUCUACUUGUGGGACGAAUUAUAGUUGGACUUGGAAUAGGAAUUGCUUCCAUGACUGUACCUGUGUAUAUUGCUGAGUCUGCCCCUCCACAGUUAAGAGGAAGAUUAGUAACUGUCAACACAUUGUUUAUCACUGGAGGACAAUUUUUUGCCAGUGUCAUUGAUGGGGCCUUCAGCUAUCUUCCUAAGGAUGGAUGGAGGUACAUGCUGGGGCUUUCAAUUGCCCCGGGUGUCAUUCAGUUCCUGGGGUUCUUAUUUCUUCCUGAAAGUCCAAGGUGGCUCAUUCAAAAGGGAAAGACACAAAAAGCUCGCCGAGUGCUCAGUCAGAUCCGUGGCAAUCAAAACAUUGAUGAAGAGUAUGAGAGCAUCAAAACAAGCAUUGAGGAGGAGGAAAAAGAAGUAGCAGGAGAUGGCCUCGUGAUUUGGAGAAUGUUAACUUACCCAUCUACUCGAAGGGCUCUCAUUGUGGGAUGUGGUUUGCAGAUGUUCCAACAGCUGGCUGGAAUUAAUACUGUCAUGUAUUACAGUGCCACAAUUCUACAGAUGGCUGGAGUGAAGGAUGAUAAAAUGGCAAUUUGGCUGGCAGCACUCACGGCCUUCACAAACUUCAUCUUUACUUUACUAGGAGUUUGGCUGGUGGAAAGAGUGGGGCGCAGAAAACUGACCCUUGGUAGUAUAGCAGGUACAAUGCUGAGCCUUCUCGUUUUAGCAGUUGGAUUUUUGCUGACAACUCAGCACUCUCCACGCGUUACUCUCCAUCCCACAGAUCCUUCAUCACCAAACAGCACCUGCACAGAAUAUGGAUACUGUGAUGGUUGUAUGUUGGAUCCAGACUGCGGCUUCUGCUAUCAGAUGAAUGGGUCUUCUGUGGGUGAAUCUUCCUGUGUUUCUGUAAAUAAGGAGUCAACAAGUCAAGCAUCAUGGGGCAGGUGCUCAAAUACAAGCAAUACAGCACAGGGGAUAUUUUGGGCUUAUAACUACUGCCCCACUGCCUACUCUUGGACUGCAUUGUUCGGCCUUAUUUUGUACCUGGUAUUUUUUGCACCUGGAAUGGGACCGAUGCCAUGGACUGUAAAUUCUGAGAUAUAUCCACUUUGGGCAAGAAGUACAGGAAAUGCAUGUUCAGCUGGAGUGAACUGGAUAUUCAAUGUUCUAGUUUCCUUGACCUUUCUUCAUGUGGCUGAAUACCUGACUUAUUAUGGUGCUUUCUUUCUCUAUUCAGGACUUGCAGCUCUGGGAUUCCUUUUCAUCUAUGGAUGCCUACCAGAAACUAAAGGGAGACGAUUAGAGGAAAUUGAAUCAUUAUUUGAAAACCAGUUAUACCAAUUAAACAAACCAAACUCGGAUUUGAAAAAUGCCAUCAGACUUCAGUUUUCCAAAGGUUCCAGAUUCCCAGAUGGAGAUUAUGGAGUAUCCUAUAUAUCGGUAAGCAGUGGUUAAGACACAAUAUGUUAUACAUUUGAACCUUCCUAUAAGAGAUUCAAUUUUUAACCACAAUUUAACUUUUUUUCAGUUACUCCCUCCCCCCAAACUUAUUUGUGGAAAUGAAAAUGCUGCAAACCCUGAUGCUUAAAUAUAAUUCCAUUCAGAAUGACAAUUAAAAUUUCUAAAAUAAGUGUAUCAUUACUUGUUUAAAACCUUUCACAAAUGUCACUCUUAUAAAAAGCUUUACAAAGAAAUGUACAUUACAGCAUAUUAUACAUUAGUAAAAGUAUAUUGUAUUUAAUUGAUUUUCAUCUUUAAAAACUACAUUUCAAUUUUGUUUCUUCUUAAUUUUUGCAGUUGUAGUACAUUAAUAACUAGGCCUUAUCAAGAUGAUGAGGGAACUGUGAGGUAAGGUUUUAUCCAGACCUGAAGCAGAUACCUUUUGUAUGAUGCAUUUUAUGAUUUCCUAUCUUUUACAUAGCAGAAUAAAUGUUUACAUGCAGUUGUUGUAUAUGAAAAUACAUAACUAUUUAGUGAUCUUUUCUAAAAAAAAAUAUUGUUUUGUGCAAUUUUUUGCUGUCUUCCUCUUGUAGCCUUGUGUACAAAACUAAUACAUAUUUAUCUUCAAGUGGCAAAGUGAGAUAAAUGUGUUUUAAAUGUAAUGAAUUCAAAUGUUUUUAUUAGUUGAUGCAAAGUUAAACAUCUCAGUAGCUGUCUGAUAUCUGUAGUUUGGUUGGUAUCAAACUGGAUUUUAGCACAAGACAUGGUUGAAGUUAAAUCAUGUUAUGUUAUUUGUGACUAGAGCAAACAAAUAAUAUUAUCAGUGCUCUGUUUAAUGGAUUAUUUGACCAUUACUUAUGUAUAAAGGUUGUUUAGCUGUUUUGAACCACAUGAUCUGUAUGUAUACCCAAGUCUAAUUACCAAACAUAACAGCAGAUAUAAUUUAUUGUAUACUUUAUAAUAGGAUUUGGGCAUCUGUGCAAUUACAAAAGAGUUUUGAAAUACUCAGAGGUUUUGUAUAUUUUCUUGGUUAGAGGGGAAUGUGACAUUUUAAUGGUACUAUAUAGUGUUUUUAAAAAGCACACAUUAUCAGGAAAGGCCAAAAUCUAAACUUUUCUUAAAAUUCUAAUAUUAUAGUAUAAUAAACAAUCAUACUUUAAAGUAAGCUUGACAAAUUUUGUUUAAUUAAACUGUUCACUAGUGAAAGUCACUUUACAAACACAAUGAUAUAACUAACUUUACAUUCAGUACUAUAAUGUGACAUAUAAUAUUGAAAUUGGAAAGAGUUUAAAUAAAUCUUGGCAAUCCUGAACUAAUCUUUUAAACCACAAUGUAGGCAUCUAUAAAGUUUAUAAAUAAUGAACAGAUGCCAUUUUCCUAUGUGAAACAUUUGUAAUUGUAAAUUUUAAGUGUUUAUGCAAUAUCAGUGCUGUACAGUUAAUUUGGUUAUUGUUGCUGUUAAUGUUUUAUUAUAAUUUUAACUUUAUAUAAAAUUAUAUAUUCAUUAAAUUCAGUCACUUGAA